AUGGCUUACGACUUAAAAGAUAAAGUAAUUUUCAUCACCGGAGCGGCCACUGGUAUUGGUUCCAGGGUUGUUCGGAUAGCUGUGGCAGAAGAGGCAAAGCAUGUUGCUAUCUUAGAUAUAGCAGUGGAAGCAGGUAUCGCAUUCCAAAAUGAACUAAACUCCAAACACGGAAACAAUAAAGUUCAAUUCAUUAAAUGCGAUGUAACAAAUACUGAAGAAUUAAAUGCAGCGUUUGCCAAAGUCAAAGAUGAAUUCGGCUACAUAGACAUCGUGAUUAACAAUGCUGGCGUUCUCAACGACAAUUUGCAGGUUUACGUUAAACAAAUAAACAUCAAUGUAACAGCGUUGGUGACUAGCUCUUUAAAAGCAUUAGAACUGAUGCGCAAAGACGAAGGGGGCAAAGGUGGUGUUGUGAUCAAUAUGUCAUCGAUAGCAGCUAUUUGUGCCGUACCAGAUACACCAAUUUACAGCGCAACAAAAGCAGCGGUUUUGAAGUUUACCACAGCAAUGGGUAAUGACUUGUAUUAUUCAAGAACUGGAGUUCGAUUCCUGACAGUUUGCUUCGGAGCGACCGACACGCCUCUACUCUCCGUAGAAAAAAUGGGAAGUUUUGAUUCUAAGGUAGAAGCUGGUAUCGCGGAAACGUUGAAGAAAUUGAAAUGGCAAAGUCCGGAGUCCGCGGCUCGUGGAGUUGUCGACACAUACAAGAACGGAGCAAGCGGCAGCGUGUGGUUGAUUGCUGGUGGCAAACCAGCCGUUGAAGUGACUGAAUUGUAUAACAAGGGCAUCGCAUUAUUUGAUCACCUAAUAUACAAUUGAAUUUUAAACUUAUCUUUCACGUGUUUCUGUGACUUGAUGUAUUUGUUAUAUCGAACAAUUAAACUUUUGAUUACA